UCAGUUCAGACAUUUGUCAGUGUUCAUACACACCCUCCUUUGUACACUGGCGCAGAGCAUGGAUGUACAAUGUUGAGAGUCAACGAAAAGAGCCUUUUCUCCAAGAGAAGGAAAUGACAUCUGGUCCCGUCUUCUUCUACAUCUUGAUUUUUGGAAACUAUUUUGCUCCUGGGAGUGGGCAGGAUGUCACAUGCGCCCUGGGCUACUUCCCCUGUGGGAACAUCACCAAGUGCUUGCCUCAGUUGCUUCACUGCAACGGUGUGGACGACUGUGGGAACCAGGCUGACGAGGACAACUGUGGAGACAACAAUGGAUGGUCUAUGCAACUUGACAAAUAUUUUGCCAAUUACUACAAAAUGACUUCCCUGCAUCACUUUGAGGCAGAGACAUCUGAAUGCUUGGUCGGUUCUGUGCCCAUGCAAUGUCUUUGCCGAGGUUUAGAGCUUGACUGUGAUGAGACCAAUUUACGAGCUGUUCCAUCAGUUUCUUCAAAUGUGACUUUAAUGUCACUUCAGUGGAAUUUAAUAAGAAAGCUUCCUCCUGAUGGCUUCAAAAAGUACCAUGAUCUUCAGAAGCUGUGCCUGCAAAACAAUAAGAUUAGGUCCGUAUCUGUCUAUGCCUUCCGAGGACUGUACAGUCUCACUAAACUGUAUCUCAGUCAUAACAGAAUAACCUUCUUGAAGCCAGGUGUUUUUGAAGAUCUCCACAGACUAGAAUGGCUGAUAAUUGAAGAUAAUCACCUCAAUCGAAUUUCCCCACUAACGUUUUAUGGACUAAAUUCUCUUAUUCUCCUAGUGCUGAUGAAUAACGUUCUAACCCAUUUGCCUGACAAACCUCUUUGUCAGCACAUGCCCAGACUACACUGGCUGGACUUUGAAGGCAACCAUAUCCACAAUUUAAGAAAUUUGACUUUUAUUUCCUGCAGUAAUUUAACUGUUUUGGUAAUGAGGAAAAACAAAAUUAAUCACCUAAACGAAAAUACGUUUGCACCUCUCCAGAAACUAGAUGAAUUGGAUUUAGGAAGUAAUAAGAUUGAAAAUCUUUCACCACAUGUAUUUAAGGAUCUGAAGGAGCUCUCACAAUUGAAUCUUUCCUAUAACCCAAUCCAGAAAAUUCAAGCAAACCAAUUUGAUUAUCUUGUCAAACUCAAGUCUCUCAGUCUAGAAGGACUUGAAAUUUCAAAUAUCCAGCAAAGGAUGUUCAGACCUCUCACGAAUCUCUCUCACAUAUAUUUUAAGAAAUUCCAAUACUGUGGCUAUGCACCACAUGUUCGCAGCUGUAAACCAAACACUGAUGGAAUCUCAUCUUUAGAGAAUCUCUUGGCAAGCAUUAUUCAGAGAGUAUUCGUUUGGGUUGUAUCUGCGGUUACAUGCUUUGGAAACAUCUUUGUCAUCUGUAUGCGACCUUAUAUCAGGUCGGAGAACAAGCUGCAUGCCAUGUCAAUCAUUUCUCUCUGCUGUGCUGAUUGCCUAAUGGGAAUCUAUUUAUUUGUGAUCGGAGCCUUUGACCUGAAGUUUCGGGGCGAAUACAAUAAACAUGCACAGCUGUGGAUGGAGAGCAUUCAUUGUCAGCUUCUGGGAUGCUUGGCCAUCCUGUCCACAGAAGUAUCAGUCUUACUUCUGACAUUUCUGACAUUGGAAAAAUAUAUCUGCAUUGUAUAUCCUUUUAGAUGUUUAAGACCUGACAAAUGCAGAACCAUUACAGUUUUGAUUCUCAUUUGGAUUAUUGGUUUCAUAGUGGCUUUCAUUCCACUGUGCAACAAGGAAUUGUUCAAAAACUACUAUGGCACCAAUGGAGUAUGUUUUCCUCUUCACUCAGAAGACACAGAAAGUAUUGGAGCCCAGAUUUAUUCAGUGGCAAUUUUUCUUGGUAUUAAUUUGGCAGCAUUUAUCAUCAUAGUUUUUUCCUAUGGGAGCAUGUUUUACAGUGUUCACCAAAGCACCAUAACAGCAACUGAAGUUCGGAAUCAAGUUAGAAAAGAGAUGAUCCUUGCCAAGCGUUUUUUCUUUAUUGUAUUUACUGAUGCGUUAUGCUGGAUACCUAUCUUUGUACUAAAAUUUCUUUCAUUGCUUCAGGUAGAAAUACCAGGUACCAUAACCUCUUGGGUAGUGAUUUUUAUACUGCCUAUCAACAGUGCUUUGAACCCAAUUCUCUAUACUCUGACCACAAGACCAUUCAAAGAAAUGAUCCAUCAGUUUUGGUAUAACUACAGACAAAGACGAUCCAUUGACAGCAAAGGAAGUCAGAAAGCCUAUGCACCAUCAUUCAUCUGGGUAGAAAUGUGGCCCCUGCAGGAGAAGACUACUGACUUAAUGAAGCCGGCUCUUUUCAAAGACCCCUGUGAAUUAUCACUAAUUUCUCAAUCAACGAGACUCAAUUCCUAUUCCUGACUGACUCUAAAACCCAUUUCUACACAAAGAAUAUUGUGAGAUGCUUCGUGGUGGAUUUAUUUGUAUACAAUAAAUGCCACAAAUAAUUUAUAACAAUGGCUAAAAUUAAUUAGCUGACAAGGACAUGAGGUUAUUUGAUGCCCAUAUAAACAGAAAUAAAUUAUAUUGAUAAUUUAUGUAUACUAGUACACAUUUUGGAUAGGAAAUUAAGAAAAAUCUGCUUAAAAGAGGUUCAUUUAUUCUUCUACCAUGCAUUUAUUGAGUACCUUCUAUGUGCAUGGCGCUGCAGUAAAUUCCUUGGAGUAGAUAGUAUAGAAUUUUCUCAGUUUGCAAUGUUAAAUUGUAUUUAACUUUGUAGAAUAUGCAAAGUCUAUCUGCAGCUCAUAGUUUAAGGUAGAGCUCAAUCUGUCUUGCUUAACAGCAACCAUGAGAAUGACGGACAAUUUUAAACAAAGGUUUGAGGUUUUGGAA